UGUGGCGCCGGCGCAGCAAGGGCGGUCGGCUGAGCCCGGAGGCGAACUUGAGUAGAGGCGCUGGUUCCUUCGGCCCGGGAUGACGCCCCCCGCGGCCUAGGGUCCCGCACGCGCGGCGAGCCGCCCGCAGUCGUCCGCCCGCUGUGUCCGGCCGCGAGUGCCACGGUCCCUGCGAACAUGCUGGCGCCGCCCGCCAGGCUCUGCUGCCCGGCAUUUCUGUGCAUUCAUGCCUUAAAAUUUAAGAAAAAUUGUCUACCUCUGUGUACCUCAAGAUGGACUUCAACUUCAGUUAUACCUCGAAUUACUACCCACUAUACUGUUUAUCCGCGGGAGAAGGACAAGAGAUGGGAAGGAGUGAACAUGGAGAGGUUUGCAGAGGAAGCGGACGUGGUCAUUGUCGGCGCGGGCCCUGCAGGCCUCUCUGCUGCUGUCCGUCUGAAGCAGCUAGCUGCUGAGCAUGAGAAGGACAUCCGGGUGUGUCUGGUGGAGAAAGCUGCUCAGCUGGGCGCCCACACUCUCUCAGGGGCUUGCCUGGAUCCAGGUGCUUUUAAAGAGCUCUUCCCAGACUGGAAGGAGAAAGGGGCUCCACUUAACACUCCUGUAACAGAAGACAGAUUUGGAAUUUUAACAGAGAAAUACAGAAUUCCUGUGCCGAUCCUUCCAGGUCUUCCAAUGAAUAAUCAUGGCAAUUAUAUUGUGCGCCUGGGACAUUUAGUGAGCUGGAUGGGAGAGCAAGCAGAAGCCCUUGGUGUUGAAGUAUAUCCUGGGUAUGCUGCUGCUGAGGUCCUUUUUCAUGAAGAUGGUAGUGUAAAAGGAAUUGCCACUAAUGAUGUAGGAAUACAAAAGGAUGGUGCACCAAAGACAACAUUUGAGCGAGGACUAGAGCUCCAUGCCAAAGUCACAAUUUUUGCAGAAGGUUGCCAUGGACAUCUAGCCAAGCAGCUUUACAAGAAGUUCGAUUUGAGGGCCAACUGUGAACCCCAAACCUAUGGGAUUGGACUGAAGGAGUUAUGGCUUAUUGAUGAAAAGAAGUGGCGGCCUGGGAGAGUGGAUCACACUGUCGGAUGGCCCUUGGACAGACACACUUACGGAGGCUCUUUCCUCUAUCAUUUAAAUGAAGGUGAACCUCUAGUGGCUCUUGGAUUUGUGGUUGGUCUGGACUACCAAAAUCCAUAUCUGAGUCCAUUUAGAGAAUUCCAGAGGUGGAAACACCAUCCCAGCAUUCAGCCAACACUGGAAGGUGGGAAAAGGAUUGCCUAUGGAGCCAGAGCUCUCAAUGAAGGUGGCCUUCAGUCUAUACCGAAGCUCACCUUUCCUGGUGGUUUACUGAUUGGUUGCAGCCCUGGUUUCAUGAAUGUUCCCAAGAUCAAAGGUAGCCACACGGCAAUGAAAAGUGGAAUUUUGGCAGCAGAAUCAAUUUUUAACCAACUAGCUACUGAAAAUCCCCAAUCAAAAACAAUAGGACUCCAUGUAACGGAGUAUGAGGACAACUUGAAGAAAUCGUGGGUAUGGAAAGAGUUGUACGCCGUCCGAAAUAUCAGGCCGUCCUGCCACGGAGUACUGGGUGUGUAUGGAGGGAUGAUUUACACUGGAAUAUUCUACUGGAUACUCCGAGGAAUGGAGCCGUGGACUCUAAAACACAAAGGUAGUGACUCCGACAGGCUCAAGCCAGCCAAGGACUGCACACCUAUUGAGUAUCCAAAACCUGAUGGACGGAUCAGUUUUGACCUCUUGUCGUCUGUGGCUCUGAGUGGUACUAAUCAUGAACAUGACCAGCCAGCACACUUAACCUUAAAGGAUGACAGCAUACCUGUAAACAGAAACCUGUCAAUAUAUGACGGGCCAGAGCAGCGAUUCUGCCCUGCAGGGGUUUAUGAAUUUGUGCCUUUGGAACAAGGUGAUGGAUUUCGGCUACAGAUAAACGCUCAGAACUGUGUGCACUGUAAGACGUGUGAUAUUAAAGACCCAAGUCAGAAUAUUAACUGGGUGGUACCUGAGGGUGGAGGAGGGCCUGCGUACAAUGGAAUGUAAACCACAACUGACUUCACAGCCGGUUCUGUACCGUGUAAGGCAAGUUAACUUUUAAAGGUUAACAGGUACCAAAAUAUAGCAUUAAUUGUCAGGAUGUUCACAAAAUAAUUACCAGUGAAAGAAAACUUUAUACCACCAUUUCUAGAAUUGUCCUAUAAAAAUUAUAAAUAUUUCCCUUAAAUAAAAUUCUGUAAAUGAUGCAGCAUCUACUUACCACUCUUCUGUCCUUUGAUUUAGUACUAACAGAAAAAUGCACUUUUGACCUUUACAGUUAACUUGCCAAACUGAAGUCUUAAAGUCCAAAAAGUAAUAAUAUAUAUUCUGGACCAGGGGUAAGCCUCAGCUCAUCCUUACUGUGAGUAUGGUCUUCCUGAGAUACAGCUGUGCUCACCGGUUGUCUCUGGCUAAAACUGCAGAGCUGAGAUGUGACAGACAAGCCUACAAGUGCAGUGCAGAAAAAGGCGGGGCCAAGAAUAUGCAGGUGGUUUAAAAAGUUCCUGGACAAAGUGAAACUCAGAGUGUAGUCUGGUGCAUAAACUUUUCCCAUAGUUUUUUUGUUUGUUUGUUUUAACAUGUAUUGCCCAUAAACUUUCUAAGGAACCCUCAUACAUAUUCUCUAUAAAACACCAGCACAAACCAACUACAACUACAGAUACCACAAAGAAUUGGAGGAAACCACAAAUGAGGGAAACACAAAAGCUCUCAUCUACUUACCCAGCAAAGUAUAUGUUUAGGAGUUUAAAAACUAUAUACCAUUAUUUGAAAAUGAAGACAGUAUUUUUAGAAAGCAACUUUACUGUAACACUUUUAUUAAGAGUAAACCUUUAUCAAUAUUCCUAAACUGUAAACAAUGGGAGCUGAAAUGUCACAGGAAACACAUUAGGGGUCACAUUAGGGACCCUCACAUUUGCUUAAUGCCUUGAUAUAACCAAUGCAGACUGGUUAAGCAAACAUUUUUGCAUAUACCGCCUUCUCUUUGUCUUUCUGUGCCUUUAUCUUUUGUUUGACUUUCAGCAGUUCUGCCUGGAUAGCUGCAAAAUAAAUAUGCAGUGAGUUAUUUCUCAAAAUAUCCAGCAAGUUAGGGUGAAACUAGCUCCCCCUUGAUAACACCUCUUAAGAACAAUCGUCAGAACUAGGAAGAGCUAGAAGCUGUCAGCUGAGGGACACCAUUACGUAAACAGGCCCUCUCCACCAGGGAGAGCACGACUGCCUCUCUUGUUCUAAUUCAGCAAGACAAGACCAAGGUUUGCUUUUCCAUAUGCAGACCUUAUGCUCCUACUCAUACGUGGCCGGUUUUUUUAAAAACGACUUUUUGUCAAAGUGUCCCUAAAUCAUGUAUCAGUAGCUACAUGUACGUUACAGUACAUUCGGCUCAAAUCUAUCAGUGUUGAGUUUUCAACUGGAAUCACAGCAACAGGAACCAGGUCUCAGAUGGUAAAGCAGGGCAAACAGUAUUCAGCUACACGAAAAACUAGCACAUUUUGAGGAACUAGAAUGUAAGCCCCUUGAGGGCAGGGACCUUGGCUGUCUUGUUCAUUGCCAUAUGAUCAAUGCCUAGCCCAAUUACAGACAUUCUGUAAUACCAAUUGAACAAAUAAAUCAGAUCUGGCACAGUGUACAGUGGCUCAUGAAGAUCAACUUUUAAAGGGCAAAAUGAAUGUUUACUACAAAAAAUGCCAACCUACCUUUAUCUUCUGGCGCUAUCUCCUGAGCUUUCUUAAGAUCAGCCUGUAAUGGGAAAAAAUUUAAGGAAAAAUUGGGUCUAUAAUUUAUAAAGGUAGCUGUUUAAAAAAAAACUUGAACACGUAGAACAGAAUUUACCAAAGCUUCAUCAUAUUCCUUUAAGCCUUGCCAUCCUUGAGCUUUGCGGUACAGGGCCUUGGUAUUCGAUGGGUCUAUUUCAAGAGCCUGCAAAAAAGUCAUAAAACUGGUAUUUACAGCUGAGUAUUACAUUUAUGUGCCAAAUCGCAAUUUAUUGUCUGUUGGAUCUGCAAACUAAACAGCUCUCCUUUGCCAGCAGGUUCAGUACUAAACUUCGUCAGCAGAGGGCACUAAAUGGACAUGGAAGAGAAAGACUGCGCUUUUGCAGGCUGUAGUGUGCUCCUCUCAGUACUGUAGUUUCUAUCAGAACUCGGCCCUAAUGUGUUUAUGAAAAAAUCAUAAUAAAUAAGAAUCUGUAUCGAGUCA